CAACAGGAUGCUAGUUUCACUGAUGCCAGUUCGUUCAGUGUCUCCAUGCAGACUUCUCCAUCUUCUAUGAUUAAUCAGCAUACGUUGGAUGAUGAACCUGACAGCAAAGAUAUUUUUGUCACGGUUGAUGACCCAGAAAAUCACGUUACAACACUUGAAACUUUUGUCACUUACAGAAUUAUUACGAAGACGACUCGAAGUGAGUUUGACUCCUGUGAGUAUGAGGUUCGUAGACGUUAUCAAGAUUUCUUGUGGCUAAAGGACAAACUUGAAGAAGCACAUUCUACUUUAAUUGUUCCUCCGUUGCCAGAGAAAUUUGUAAUGAGGGGCAUGGUGGAACGCUUCAAUGAAGAUUUCGUAGCAACACGGCAAAAGGCACUACAUAAAUUUUUAAAUCGAAUUGCUGACCAUCCCACUCUGUCUUUUAAUGAAAAUUUCAAAAUAUUUCUAACAGUACAGGAUUUGGCACCUCACAAGAAACUUGGUCCAGGAUUCAUCAGUAAAAUGGGAGAAACAUUCAAGGCUGUUGCUAAUACGGUCAGAAGCAUUAAGAAUCGACCUGAUGAAUUCACAGCGAUGAGUGACUAUGUGGAUAUUUUCCGUCAGAAAAUGGGAACAUUGGAUAAAAUCAGCCAAAGAAUUUUAAAGGAACUGAAAGAGCACUUGACUGAGAUGAAGGAAUACAGUCCCAUUUAUACUCUGUGGUCGGAAUCUGAACAGGAUUUGGCUGAACCUUUGAAAGGAGUAGCUAGUUCUAUUGAAAACUGCUGCAAGGCUAUUGAAGGACUUACAAUAGGCCUCUCGGAGGAUUUACUUCCUGCCUUACAUGAAUAUGUUCUAUGUGCAGAAACUCUAAAGUUGGUGUUGAAAAGAAGAGACCUCAUUCAGGCAAAUUAUGAAUCGCAAGUUGAUGCUUUAACAAGUAAAAAAGCUGAUAGAGAAAUGCUGGAGCAUUCUGACCUAAGUUUUACAUUUGGUGCAUUCUUGGGUAAAACCACAGAGGAAAUGAAACAACAGAAGCAGCAGAAGAUUGAUCGUGAAAUUGAGGAGCUUCAGGCAGAUGUUGGACAUCUUGAGGAUAAAGUCGAAUGUGCCAAUAGUGAUUUGAAAGCGGAUUGGGAAAGGUGGUCUAUCAACAUGCAGAAUGAUUUGCAAUCUGCUUUCCGAAAUGCAGCUGAAAAUAAUAUUCAUUAUUUUGAAAGGUGUCUAGCUAUAUGGGAGUCUUUCUUGGCUUCUCAACAGAUUGAGAUGAAAGUUGACAAAAAUGCAAAAGAAAAUGCAUAACAACUUAUCUGAAAUUUAGCUGAAGUGCUACAUUUGUUUUAUUGUUCUCUGGCUAAAGAAUGUAUGUGUUUAUUAAAGAAGAAUGCUGGACUCUGCUUCAUAAUUUUUAAACUUUUGAUGGAACAUUUUACGCUUUUUGCAUUUUUAGUUAUUUUAAUGAUUUGAACAUUCUACAAUCCAAAGAAUAAGCAGGCCAAUGGAAUUAUUCACUUUUAAACCUCAGGUAAUGCUUAGUUGAUGACUUUGCAAAAUCACCUAUCAAUGCAAAUGAAUGUUUCUGAAAUAAACAUUUAUCACAAAAUGAAAGGAUGUUUACUUAAAUGAAUUUAACUGCCUUAAAUAAAUUGUCUUGAUAGAAGAACAAUAAUUCUAGACAGUUUUAUAAAAUUAUCCCUUUUCUCCCCCAUCUUGCCUCUGGGGAAUUUUGUUAUAAAGUUUGGAUGCCAAUCGUGUAGCAUUAUAUCAACGCAGCAAAUGACAGAUCAUGUCAUCAGAUAAUUUUGUCUUGCCUAGAGGUUGUUUAUUCUUCACUCUCACAUUUGGAUUUAUUGAUCUUAAUUUCUUCAACGUUGUUUAACUUGAAAACAUUUAGAAUUAAACUGGGCUCUGGCAGUAGCCUAAAACACACAUGAACCAAUACACCCAAUUGUGUAAUUGUAUAAAGCAGCAUGCUUUAGGGAGCAUAGGCACAGGAUAUUGGGUUGAUCAUUUAAGACUGAGAUGGCGAGGAAUUUCUUCACCCGGGUAAAUGAAAAUCUUUAGAAUUCUGUAUCUCGGAGGGCAAUGAAUGCCAGUCAAUCUGUGUAUUUAAAGCUGAGACAGAUUUUUGGACUCUAAAAAUACCAGGCAGGAAGAUGAAAUGGAGGCUGAAGAUAAGCCAUUCAUUUUUCAAAUGGCAGAACAAAUUCAAAGCGCCUUUCAGCUGUUGUUUCUUCUGUUCUUGCAUAUGCUUUACACCCCCCUCAUUUUCCAUUGACCUGAUCUCCAUUUUGUAUUAUUGCCAAAGACCAAUUCCUUCAAUGUGCCACUCUACUCAACCGAUUAAUAGUAAUGGAACGCAUCGCCUUGUAUCUAUGAGCUACAGUCCAAUUUGUGUAAAGUCUCUAAUUGUUUGAAUUCUUGUACAUUCUUUUAUGCAAAUGUUAUUUUUAGAAACUAAAUAUCUGGGUUCUUAAAGGAAAUUGUACUGUAUGUUAUCCUUGUAAUUUUUUUCUCAUGACAGCUUGUCUUUUUGAGGAUAAUAGCAAGCAUUUAUUUGGUGAUAAAAGUACAUUUUCACUUUAUCCUCUAUAGCUAAGCCACUGACAAUAGAGAUGUGGUUCAGCCUUUUAAAGAACAUUGCAGUGUAGUGCAUCAUGAAAAAUUGGACUUAAUAUGUAUGCAUCCAUACACUGUGUUUCUUUUGACCAAGCUCUGUGAGAAACAUUUUGGUCCGUAAUUUCUAGGAGCAUUUUACAAUGUAUUGGGCUAGAACAAAAUGUAGCACACAAUUUAAGUGGCAUACUGGACCAAAUAAGAACCAAAAAUGAAUGGUUUUAUCUUUUUUAAUGUUGACUGCUAACAAUAGACCUUUUUUGAAGUUUUCAAAUUAUUUUUCAACAAGAUUAGCUUUGUUCUCAAGUUUAAGUAUGAUAUUUUAAAAGCUUUUUGAAAUACUGUUUCAAAACAUUAAAUCUAAACUUACAAAAUCAGAUUUAAUAUUUUAUUGAGUGACCAGUAAAUGAAAGUUGUUUAUUGAAGUAGAAUUGUGAAACCAUUGGUAUAUGUAAUGUAUAAACUUUGUUUUCUUCCAAGUACAGUUAAAUAGAUGCAUAAAUAUUAGGGUUAGAUUAAAACACUUUCCAGAUGAGUAACAUGCAUGACCUAGUUUAAAUGUAUUUACCUUAAAGUGUUGGAAUCUAUUAAAUGCAUAUUUGAAAAUGUAGAGACAUUGUAUGAAAAUGUGAUUUCCAACAUGGAGAAAUAAUAAAUGGAAAAUAAAAGUCUAUAACGAUUGAGUCACCA